AUGCAGAAAGGAAAGCUUGCGAGGAGGGAAGGAAGACGGCGGACCGAGAGUCUUGGUCACCGCCCCGCCGGCAGCAUCCGCAGGCGCCUCGCCGGCAAAGAAUCCCCCGGCGCAGCGCCGCACUCCGAAGAAAGCGACACAGCCGCGUGCCACGCAGAGGUGAGCGCCUCGUCCACGUCUGCCGCCUCGGCUUCGGCGUCGAGUCCCCGGAAGCCAAGGCGUCCAACCAGCGCAGAGGGAACCCGAAAUGCGGGUCCGUCGGCCUCCAGGCCGACGCGGAGUGCUGUGAAGGCGGAGGCGGACAGCAGGAAGGCCGAGGCGCAGGCCGCGGAACUGGGCGAAAUGGUGUUCGAGGUUCACGAAGCUCUGUCUGGACUGGACCUCCGGGCUCAAGCGAGAAAGGCGAGGAGCAGCCAGCAGAAAGGGAGCGGAGACGAAGCGGCGCGCGAUCGCGAGGAGGAGGACAGGAAGGAAGAAGAGGAGGAAGAGCUCGAACGAGCCGUGCUGCAAGAGUAUCUGACAGUUUUGACGAACGCCCACCUGAAGGCCGUCCAGGCCACAGACGGAGCACGCCCGUCACGUCCGAGGGGAUACCAGCGAGGAGAACAACCUGGCCAGGGACAGAAACAGAGGCAGGCUGCGCUCGGUGAAGCCGACGCGGCGCUGGUGAGCACCGGGGAACGCCCCGCAGCUGUUCAGGCGCGCCUUGCACAGGCGCGGCAGAGCCAGGCUAGAGAGGCGGCGCAGUCUGGAGAGGCGACGGACAAGAGAGCGACGACGGACAGAAGAAGAGGACUACAUUUUUGA